CGACGCGCACGGACGCCUAUCUCGUGGCUUCGGUCAUAUCGUCGCGACGCUUUUAGAAAAGUGGCUUGUUGAAUUUAUUUGGGACUGCUCGAAAUUGUCCUAAUCGGGUCGAGAUAAAUUGCCAACUUCGAGGCAUGUAGUUGUACUUGCUGCAAGAGACGAAUAUCAAUUAUUUGAAAUAAUUAAGGUAGACUGGUGAUGUGAUAAAAAUGUGGUCUUUAACAGUGUUUGUUAUUCUUUGUAUGUUGUUGAAUGCAGUACGAGAUGCCUUAGGUUUAAGAAAUGUUACGUUAUACAUAACACCUACCGUAGUCCAAAAAGGCCACGCCGCUACCUUCAGAUGUACAUACGACUUAGAAGGUGAUACUGUAUAUUCCGUACAGUGGUACCGAGGAAGCCACGAGUUCUACAGAUAUGAGCCAUCAGGAGUGUCAGUCACCCAACAUUUCUCCAUUCCAGGAGUAAGAUUAAAACCAGAUCUGACCAACUCAAACUCGACACAAGUGGUUCUAACGGAUAUCGAGUUCAAUCUGGCUGGAAACUUUAGUUGCGAAGUUACCACAGAAAACGGUCCGAAUAUGCACAUAAAGAUGGAUUCAAAGUCCAUGUCAGUUGUGCAGUUACCGGAGCAUCCGCCACAGAUCAGUGUAGGAAGGGAGCCUCUGGAUUACGGUGAUAUUUUACGCGCCAACUGUUCCUCGCACCCGUCCAGGCCUCCAGCGGACUUAAAAUUUAUUUUGAACAACAUUACGGUACAUCAAAGCGAAUCAGCAGUCUUGAGACGAGCCAAUGUACGUGACUGGAGCGAUUUGCAAUUAGAACUCCAAUUAUCUUUUAUACAUUUUGACGAUGGAAGAUUGGUACUUCAGUGCGUUGCUCAAAUUUCGUCCAUUUAUCGCGAGGUAGCUGAAUUGGAAUUGGAAAGCGUUCGACACCCGGUUCCCGCUCGAGUAAUACAUCCAUCAAAUAGUGCUGCAGGAACUUCGCCAGGACUGAACCGUACAAUACGACUAGGAGCACAUUCUGUUUUGCUGGCUUUUGUUCUAUUGCAGGCUUAUUAUUAAAAUGUUAAUAAAGACUUGCUUCCUCACGGUUCAGAAAAUAUGACUGACUUUCAUUAAAUUAAAGACCGAGAAUCUUAUGUGUGCAUAGUUUGCUAAUUAAUUUAAUUUUCAUUUAGAUGGAGUCUCUCCGUUACCUAGUGCAAUUACGCCUUUUAUUUAAAAGGGUACAUACAGUUUAAGCGGGCUUCUAUUUGUAUAUAAAUCAUUGUUUAUUUAUCAAUCAUUUUAAAUUUUAGUGAAAAACACCAGUUCCGAAACUUAGCAAUGCCAAAAAUAAUGAGUCUUGUGGAAUGAAUGAAUGAAACAACAAAAAUUGAGUUGACAUUUUUAGUAUUCCCAGCAGACACAUAGGCACAUUUUCUAAAUCAAGUAGUGGGAUGGCUAUUUUAAGAUCUAACAGGGCAAAACGUGGGCGAAAAUUUUGGAGGCAAUGAGCAAAUAAAUAGCUUUAGACACGGGAAAGCCAAUUGGGGCGAUUUGGAUGUCAGCCGUCACUCUUUUGAAUGGUGCGAAACUUUUAGAUACUUAGAGUGGAAUGUUAAUUAGUACAGUUUUAAACAUUUAAGAACUACUAAGUAGCCUUGAAGUGAUUUCCAAUAUAUGCUUAUCAAUAAAUAAUUUAAAAAUAAUAUUAUACACUUAGUUCCUGUUGAGCAAGCAUGAUUCUGAGCUAUUUUAAAAAGUAAAUUUUUAUAUGUGUAAA